GAGAAGGGGGGGCCGCCCGGGUACCGGGGGAGGAGGAGGAGGAGGAGGAGGGAGGCUGACAUCACCGCCGGAGCGCGGCUCCGCUCCCGCCGGGGAAGCCGCAGCGUCCGAGACAGGGAGGUCCUCAGUGCUGUGGAGAUGAGACCAGGCUGAGAAGAGGACAGCAUGUUUGUACCCAGCACCCCAAUCAGCCUCAUUUUCUCUGCUUCAUUUGCCCCAGCGACAAAAAGCCUCCCUGCCCAUACCUGAGCCAGCCCUGCCGAGCCCUGGGCACUGGUAUGGCUCCACAGUGAUUUUGGAGGCUGGAGGUAUCAAGAGCCACUCUCCAAAGCACAGAUUUUCCAACACUGAGAUUUUAUUCUGCGUGUGCAGGGAAGGGAGCGCUCCCAUCCCAGCUGCAUUGCUCCAGCCUGGCCAUACGUGCCCCGUGCAGCCACCCCAGACCCCCGAUGCCCAGCUGGAUUCGGGCAGCGUGACCCACACCACGCCGUCACCAUGGCCUCCUCGGAUGGGCUGCAGUAUCGGGCUCUCUAUGAGUACCAGAAGGACCGGGAGGAGGACCUGGCACUGUGCCCCGGGGAUGUGCUGACGGUCAGCAGGGCUGGGCUGCUCAGCAACCCCGACUACAAGGACGGGGAUGAGCGCAGCCCCCAGGGUUGGCUCCACGGCCUCAACGAGCGCACCAAGGAGCGUGGCAACUUCCCUGGCACCUACGUGGAGUACCUGGGUCCUGCACGCAUCGUCACCACAGCUGCCAAGGCCAGGCCACGGCCCUUGCCCCCACCACCCGCCGGGACCUCUGCACCCUGGGGGCUCCCCGGGCAGUCCGAGCUCACUGAGCACCCCACUCUUCCCGAGCAGGCGCUGACAACCGUGGCCAAGCUCAUCGAGGCACUGGAAAAACAAGGUCUCAACAGCGAGGUGCUCUACAGAUCCACCCCAGGAGCACUGGGGGAUGCUGAGCUGAAGCAGGCUCUUCUGACGGAUGCCUCAGCUGUAGACAUGGACUUGUAUGAUGCCCAGACACUGGCAGAGGCCCUGAAGUGGUACCUCCAGGAGCUCCCAUCACCCCUGAUCCCCCCAGCCCUCUACAGCGACUUGGUCCACAUCGCUCAAGAGACCUCAGGCCUGGAGGAGUGCGGCCAGCGAGCCAGAGCCCUGUUGGCCCCCCCAGCCCUGCAGCAGCCCCAGGCGCUGCUCCUGCACCAGCUCAUCUGCCACUUCCACCGCCUUUGCCAGGGCACCCGCAGGAGCCGCCUCUCACCCCGGCUCCUCGCAGAGCUCUUUGGGGAGCUGCUUCUCCACCCUGCAGCAGCCAGUGCUGAGGCAAGCCCUGAUCUCCGUGUAAAGAUCCUCGAGUCCCUCAUCGUGGCUGGCGAGAUGGCAGAGGUGCCAGCAGCCCCUGCUCUUCCGCCAAAGCCCCCCAAACCAAUGACUCCUGUCAAUGCGAAUGGAAUAAAGGACAAUUCUGGUUUCUCUCUGCAGGAAGCAGAGUGGUACUGGGGGGACAUCUCAAGGGAAGAAGUAAAUGACAAAUUACGAGACAUGCCAGAUGGAACAUUCCUGGUGCGCGAUGCAUCAACGAAGAUGCAGGGAGACUACACUCUGACAUUACGGAAGGGUGGCAACAACAAACUGAUAAAGAUCUAUCAUCGGGAUGGAAAAUAUGGCUUUUCUGAUCCACUGACAUUUAAUUCAGUCGUGGAACUGAUUAACCACUACCGCAAUGAGUCUCUUGCUCAGUAUAACCCGAAGCUUGAUGUGAAGUUGAUGUAUCCAGUGUCCCGCUACCAGCAGGAUCAGUUGGUGAAAGAAGAUAAUAUAGACGCAGUAGGUAAAAAGCUUCAAGAAUACCAUGCUCAAUAUCAGGAAAAGAGUAAAGAAUACGACAAACUGUAUGAAGAAUAUACCAGAACAUCACAGGAAAUUCAGAUGAAGAGGACUGCAAUUGAAGCAUUUAAUGAAACUAUUAAGAUAUUUGAGGAACAGUGCCACUCGCAAGAGCGAUACAGCAAAGAAUACAUUGAGCGAUUUCGCCGGGAAGGAAAUGACAAAGAGAUUGAACGGAUAAUGAUGAACUAUGAAAAAUUAAAAUCACGCCUGGGUGAGAUCCAUGAUAGUAAAAUGCGCCUGGAACAAGAUUUGAAGAAACAAGCUCUGGACAACAGGGAGACUGAUAAGAAAAUGAAUAGUAUCAAGCCUGACCUAAUUCAGCUCCGCAAAAUCAGAGAUCAGUAUCUUGUAUGGCUCAAUCACAAAGGGGUGAGGCAGAAGCGAAUAAACGACUGGCUGGGGAUCAAAAAUGAAAACAUUGAUGACAUGUACUUUGUGAAUGAAGAAGAUGAAAACCUGCCACAUCAUGAUGAGAAAACUUGGUUUGUUGGGGAUCUCAACCGUAUUCAAGCAGAAGACUUGCUCUGUGGGAAACCUGAUGGAGCAUUUUUAAUUCGUGAGAGUAGCAAGAAAGGAUGUUAUGCUUGUUCUGUGGUAGCUGAUGGAGAAGUGAAACACUGUGUGAUCUACAGCACUCCGAGAGGUUACGGGUUUGCAGAACCGUACAACCUGUACAGCACACUCAAGGAUUUGGUUCUUCAUUACCAGCAGACAUCCCUUGUCCAACACAAUGAUUCCCUAAAUGUCAGGCUUGCCUAUCCUGUCUACGCACAGAUGCCCCCCUCUCUCUGCAGAUAAAUUUUGGGGAGGUGGAAAGCAUUGGCUAUCUUGGAUUCUUUUCUACGAUUUUUAUUAGAACUUGGAGGGCAUUCUUUCUCCUUAGACUGCUUGUUUUGCACAAGAAGUGAUUCUGUGAAUGUGAAUCAAAAAGAGGCCUAGCAGCAACAAGACGACAACUUGGGUGUAGGUGUCCUGGUGCUACCUUAAAAGCUCAGCUGUGCUUUUCCACUGAUACUUUUGUUUCCUUAUGAAGGGAAUAAACAACACAACGCAUGCAAAAAUACUGGAAGCAAAACAUCGUUUUAUGGAGAUAAUUUUUUGCCAGGCACCUUCAGUGGAACUUUUAAUUGGAUUUUGUUUUCUCUUGUUCUUGUAGAGACAAUUUGAAGCCUCUGUUUGAGGCAUCAGUAAUGUCUUUCAGUCUUAAGCUCCCAAGGAACUAGGGGGGAAACUCUACCACAGCAAUUCUCUGUUAAUUUUAGCAGCUUCACUGCAAUUCAGCCGAACUUCCAAAACAGGGCUUGUCUUGAGGUAGCAUGGAAUUUGGUGAGAGAAGACCAAAGGAAUUAUGGGAAAGCUUCAGGUUUUUAUUUAAAUGGAAGAAUGCUUGUAAAGAAAAGUUGCUUUAUUUUUUUGCCAACAAUAACAAAGUUUUGGUUUCGAUGUCACUACAGGUCUUCGCUUAAAGGAAACAUUUAUAACCAAAUUGAACAGGCCAAAACUUUGUUCGUUGCUAGAUUGAGCACUUACGGGGAAGGCUGCAUUAGCUUCCGCACACACUUCUUACACCAAAACUUGAAACAAAUAAAAGGAAAAGCUAAACAUUGUGUGGCUUCAAAACACUAAAUUUGUCUGAUCUGAUGUAACUGCUCACUUUCCUCUUUUUUCACCCGUUUCCUCCCAUUCCUCAGCUUGGGAUUCUGUUUUCAGUCUUUAAUGAUACUGUGCUUCAGAAUGUAAACUAGACUGAAGCUUGCACUCACCUGUUGCAGUUCUGUUCUGAACGAUGACAGACUCUUGUAAUGCUUGAUUUUAAUGUAGAAGAGGUAGGUGCAAUCGAAUGCUUCUCAAUGGCUUAUUGUAGCAAAUUCUUUCACAAGGUGUAGUCAUUUCCAGUUGCAAGAAGUGAACGUGCCAAUUAUAGAUCUCCUCUAAUUUGUUCUUUCCAAGCUGGGUUCUGAACUCUCACACCACUGCAGCCAAGCAAGAUUUUACACUGGUAUAAUCUAAAUUCCCUUGUAGUUAUUUUGGACAUGAUGCAAAACACAGGAAGGGAAGAGAGCCGUACUCCUCAGUUAUUGGAUGUCUGGUACCAUCCUUUGGCGAGGGCUGCUGUCAGAUACUGGAGUGGGUAUCCUGGGCUUCUUCAAGAACAACAAUCAUCUCAUAAAUCCCUUCCUUGGAAAGUAUAUAAAGCAGCUUAUUUCCAUUCCUUAAGCUUCUAAAAUGAAAAAGAGCUAAGUUUGGCAAAUGGAACCACUUGGCAUCAAAACACAACUGGCAAAGUAAUUGUUCAGUGUGCAACCUUGAAAGUUACUUUUGUUCCUAUUACUGGAAGCGGUUCCCUUGCAAUGCACCCAUUGUACAGGACAGGAAGCAGACAGUCAUGCAGGUCUGAGAAUGCUCUAGACCUGUUUCUGACCCUGGGGCCGGUUUCCUGCUCAAAUGGGGUAUUUUUCUAUGAUGCCUGGGCAGCCGUGCCCAGCUUGUUGAUGUUUAAUGUUUACACUAGAAGUAUUAUUUCGCUGAAUGGCAUGAAUUUGCAAGCGGGGAAGUGAUGCGGCUGGGGUGCUGACAGCCAUUGCAGGAAGGGUAGUCUGGUUGCCUGGCGUGCCUGCGGGAUAUUUUAUUUUGCACUAAUGACCCUGACACAUCCUAGGCACUUUGUAAUCGGACAGAUUGUGAUCUUCAGGCAAAGAAUUCUGUAGUUGCUGCUAUUCUGAUUAAGUUAAACAUGACAAAACUUAACCAAAACUGGGGGAGAAGAGAAGAAAAUUCAUGCAAGUUGCUGUGUCAAAGUGACCCACGUUUGCUCAUGUCUCUUGUCUCUCACUUCUCAUGGAAAAAUGAGAUGUAGCCUUUGCUCUUAGUGAAAAUCUGGAAUGGAUUCCUCAGUGGUAUACAGACAUGGAAAUUUCUAAAGAAAGUUGCCCUGCCUCUUGGAUAACUUGCAGUUCUAAUCUCGUAGCUGGAAAGCUGUCAUCCUCCCACCUCUUGUGCAUCUGCUGUUCCCUUGGUGCUGGGCUGAGUCCAGAUGCCAGGUGAGGGAAAUCAGUUCAAAGGCAUAAAUGAUAGCCGGGCGCCUCAUGGAGUGUGUGAUUGUUUUCUCUGCCUUUGCAAUCUCGCUUACAAUGCUAAUGUUUGAGGCUGAUGGGGCACAUAUUUCUGAUCCCUGAUUUUGUGACAGAGACAACCGUUUUGUGACAGAGAAAACCUGGCUGAAGCGUUUCACUUCUCCCUCGGUUUUAGAUAGGGCUCGGUUUUGUUUGAAACAAGCACAGGUCUACUUUCAGGCUCAUAAAUCCUGACGCACCCUCACAGUACUGACAGCAGUGGGAUAGCAAAGCGGGACUGUCUGAAGUUUCCCUGUAGUGGAAUCUGACUGAUCCUGUGAGGUCUCGGUCCAGGCUCUGCCAAGGUAAAUACAGUGUAAUUCUAUUGGUGUCCAUGAAGGUAGCUUGGCUUCACAGUGGUGUGAGGGAGUUGGGAUUCUGGCCUCUCGCUCUCCGAGAUCUCUUUGCUGAUUGCAGGUGUUGUAUUUGCUGCAAAUGAUGCACUUGGAGCCGAUAAGCCAUCUUGAAGUAUUCUUUGAAAUUCUGCUUUGCCCAAACCUUCAGCUCAGGGCUGUGGGCAGACUAUGUCCACGUUCCUUGUGUUUGGCUCCGUUAUCCUCAGCAGGCUCUCUGAGGCUGCAUUUUGCCACUGUAUCUCUGUGUUUGGUUUAGGCACCAGCUGCUACGAUUGCUGUCCUUUGACUCUCACGUGCCAUUGCACAAUUUCUUUUUGCAUCUAUUUUGCACUCAUAGGGUAGAUGAAAAUAGGUAUAAAAACGACUGACACAUGUAGGUGGUGUGAUCCAUGGGGCAAGGGCUUGGUUCAUUGCUGCCUUCAUUGUGCUCAGCCUAAUUCUAUUUGCUCAGUGGCGUUAGACCUGUGAGAAAACCCAUGGCUUCCAGGAGUUGUUCUACGCUUGUAUGACUGAGAAAUCAGAAAUGGGUCUGUGAGGUGCAGGCUUACACCCUAGUACAAAAAGCAGCUGUUAAGCCUAAAACAAAUACAGGAAAUGGGAACAGAAGGGCAAAACAAAGGAACUCAAGUUCUUUUAAAACAGCAAGAUGUGAGAAGGUUUUUGUUUUAAGAGUCAAAACGUUGGGAGGAAAGAGAGGGAAAUAAGUCUUACUGUUGUAGCAGCUGCCUGUUAUCGGACUGCAGUUAGAGGAGUACUGAUCUCGUUGACCCAUAUUGUAUUAAAUAUAUAGUUAGAGUUACAUAAAUAACGUUUGCACAGUGUUAGGGGGAGGGGAAUAUGUUGAAACUCGAAUAUGCACAGUUUCUUCUAAUCUGUUUUGAAGUAUAUUUGCAGGGAUCGGGGGUGAUUCAGUAUUUUGUAUUCGUAUAGAUGGAAAUCAGGUCUACUUCCACAGUUGCCAUUGGCCCUGUUGCAUCAGCCGUGAGUGCCAUAUCUUUGAAGGUAGAAAGUUAUAAAUCUUUUCCCACUGGUUUCUUUAUUUGAUUGCAAGUAAUCUUAGCAUGGGAAGAACCAACCUAGAAACAGAGGGAUGUCCCGACAGAUGCUUCACUAGGGUGUGAAGCAGUCAUAUGUGAUUGUCCACCUUCUGAUACAGGAGCCCUCUAGAUUUGGGGUUGUGUUUUGUUUGGUUUAAUUCUCAUCAGCAGUGGAUUGGGCCGCUGCUUUGCACCACUGGUAACUGCAAUCCAGAGUUAUGUCCAGAACAGCCCUCUGUCUGAUGCCAAAAAAUUAAAUGCUCUUUCCACACUCAUCCCUUUUGAUGUUGCAGAUGGUCAAGAAGUUUUCCAUUUAAUGUGAUGGGCCUGAUUCUUUUCUCGCUGACAUGAGUGUAAGCAAGACUUCCACAACUGAAAGCCGUUCCCAGGAAAAGAGCUUGUGUUUAAUCAUACCUGAAUUCAAGUCACAGCAGGGAAAAAAAUCAAACUUUGUCCCUCGCAAAGCCAGGCAACUGUAAUGGGGACUGUGGAAAUGAAUGUUCACACUUAGUGCUGUUUUGGGGAGGACAGGGAAAGCAGGACGGUCCUUGUUACCCCACAUCCUGAGCUCUCUGUAGCCUGGGGUGGCAUUAUGUCUGUAACUGAAUGCUGUGGCUGUUUAAAAACAGCAGAAUUGCUAUAGGAGUGUCAGACCUUAAGUUUGGAAAAGCCCCUUAUUUGGUACUUGAACAAUCUCGCUUCUGGUUUUGAAUGUCUGUUUAUUUUUUUAUUUUUGUUACACUAACAGGGAAUAAAACUCUGAAACCUUAGUGAGUCUUGUAUGCUUGCUGCAUUGUGCAGACAUGAAACAGGUACUGCUUGUGGAUCAGGAGGGGUAAGAGACAGGUUCAAAACGCAGUUUUACAAAGCACUAUGAUGGGUUGGGGGUUGUUUUGUUUAGAACAUGUUUAAAAUCAGAUUUUCUUAUAUGUAUAAGUUUCCUUUUGUUUAUAUGCAUUCUCUGCUUUUGGAACAGCAAUAUCAAAAUAACAUUCCCGAAGAACAAAGAUGCUGUGAGGGGAGCGGGGGUUAGGCUUGCUCAAAUUCAGCGUUCAAAGCAAAUAGCUUUAAUGAAGACGAAGGGUCAGCAUCAUAAAAUAUCCCUUUGGUUGUAAUUCUAUGAAGGAGUAGACAGACCAUGAAGUAGGACCUCCUUGAACCACGAAAGAAAGAGGAGAUGCCAGAGCAGACCCUUCCCUUUAGAAUAAUCAGUUGUACUCUCCUUAAAUGUGCAUGCAAGGAGAUAGUCAGGAAAUUAAGAGAUGCCUUUAAGGAGUUGCUCCUCUUUCUGUGUUGGAAGAGAACUUGCAUUGCUGAUCCCCUUGUUUCCCUUGGCACAGCGCCGGCAGCCAGGAGAAGGGAACCAAGUCACUAGCCCAGAUACACGUGGGCCUGUUCGUGAAGCGGCUCGGCUAGUUAAGUACUGCGUGAGGAGUAGCUUUGGAUGGGGUUAGAUGAAGUUUGUCCAACAUUUUUGUGAAUCUUGCAUUCUGUGGGCAGAAAUACUUUCCACCAAAUGGGAAGGGGAAAAAAAAAAAUCUCCCUUGAAGUCUUUUCAGCUGCUUCCAGUCUGUUCACAGGAGCAGAUCGGGAGCUUUAGCUGGUUAACUGUUUAGAUGAUGACAAUGCUUGAAGUGCUGGUCUUUGGACUGGCUCCUUUCAAUUAAUGCAGAAUUUGCGUUUCUUUUGAUUGCUAUUGGCAUAGACUCGCUGUAUUUUAUGACUUGACUCACGUUUUGUUCUAAAAUUUACCUUUAAAAAAUGUGAUAUGAGCUUCAGAGGCAAAAAGAAAAGUUUGAAGGGGCCCAUAUUGAUCGAAAAACUGCCUCAUUGAUCAACCUGUAUUAGAGAAAGCAGCUUUAAUUUGAUGCCCCCCUCACCACCUUCCCUUGGGAUUGCUUCUGCGAGGUCGGCAUUGGCAAAGGAGGGGGAUGAGGUUUCCCCUGCUAUUAAGCAGCGCCGAACUGUGCACUUGCCAAGUGCUCGUAGCAAGGGGCUUGGGAUCGUUUGGAAAAAUGAUUGCAUCCAAAGAUUAAAAAAAAGGGUCCAAGGGUGAAUCUCACCCCUCCGGCAUCAGUCUCAUUGCUUCAGGGGAAUUGUCGGGUGCUGGGGCCAGCCAUAAGCUGCCCUCAGGUCUCCGUCGGGUGCAGUGGGGUUUCGUGUUCCGUCAGCUGGUUGGGGUUUUGGUCUGUUUUGUUUUUGUGAGUGACUUCUACAUCCAGCAAAGAUAUGUUUGACGAAACCUGUUAAUUUUGUAUAUCUGGCUGUUUAUUGCACCACGGGAUUGUAAUGGUCUGCAUCAUCUGUGUGUGUGCGCGUGCGUGUGUGUAUAUGUACUGUAUGUAUAUAGAUAUAUGUAAAAUAUAUUCACGUACACAUUUAUAUGCAUUAGCUGUAAGUGGCACUGCCCCUUAAAAAUAAAACAAAAUUCACUGUUUGCACAUUCUGCCGUGCGUUCAGGCAGAAUUGGGUUUGUUUUUGUCAAAUGAAAAGGAGUUUCUUGUGUUCAUCUUGCACAUGUGCUUCUGAAAUGCUGAACUCUGGAUUUCCUUGGGGGUCACUACUUGUUUUACAAACUGAAUUGAAUCGGGGUGUUAUUGACUCUGGGACAAAGCGUUCAACUCUGUUCCAAGCAAGGCUUUAGCAAAAGGAAAUUUGCGCUCCCGCACGAUACCGUGAGCGUUUGCACGUUUGAGUAGACCCCCAGGCUCCCCCGUCCAGAGCUGAUGUGCAAUGGGUGGUGUUGGUAUGUGUCCCUUCGUGAGUGGACUCUUUGUAUAAGGUGUGGUUCAAUGUAAAGCAUGAGUGGGUGUUUGAUCUUGUAUUGAGGGCUGAAAUAACAGCACACUCCUUUGUACAACCUUUGCAUUAAUGUUUCCGCUUUCCUUUGAAUUCUAUUUUCUUUAAGGGAAACUGCAUCUGUUAAGAACCUGCUUCUCCAGAAGCUAUGGAAUUAUUUUGUUUUCCGGAUGAAUUCCAGCAUGUAACUUUGGUACUCUUGUUUGUUAUUUGUGUAAAACCUGUUCUUCUGUCGUUUAUGGUGUAGUUGGG